AUAUCCUCUCAACAGAGAAGUUCCAACUCCCCUUCCUUCGAAGGCUUGCACAACCUCAAACGAUCAACCGACCCUGUGUCUGUGGCUCGCCGCCAGAGUUUGCAUGAACAGAAACCGACUGCGGGCUUCUUCGGACAGAUGUGGCACAAGUAUGUAUAUUCUUCCCCA